AUGCAACUGCUGUCACGCUUCUUUCGGAAACAAAGCGCCGAUAACACGGACGACAAAAUCGUCGGCACCUCGGCUACGACAGCAUCGACAGCGUGCCAGAACGAGAUCGGCCCCUGUGUCGACACUCUACACAGCGCGAACACCCCGAGCCAAGUUCAGGCCGCGAAGCGCCGCUUCGAUGAGCUUUCAAUACAUAAUGAUGGACAGAAUACAGGAUCGACUGCAACUGAUCAGUCGACCAAGAAGCCACGAGGUCGACCCCGUAGCUUAGUCCCGGCGCCCGCGGCGACCAGGCCUCAGAGUCGUCCGAGGAAGACGGAGGAGGAGAAGGAGGAGGCGGCCAUAGCCAAGUCCAAGAGAGCAGCACAGCAAGCUGCCGAAAGAGAACUUGAUGAUGAACGUGCAAGACAACUCAAGGAAGUGGAUCGAGCUAGGCUAGAGGCCGAGCGAGCGCCUCAACGCCAACUCAUAUUAGACGAGCAGAGUCAGCGGAUGCAGGUCAGUUGUGAAAGCCCGAUUUGCGAUAGAUCAGUGGGAUCAUGAGUGUCAAAACCUGUUAGGCAUGUGGCAUUGACGUCAGAAAUGAAACGUGCCGCAUCCUUCCAUACAGUUUCCGCCUGCAAAAGUGUACACUGUGAGCCGGGCUACACUCCCGUCGCCCGUAUUCCUUCUGACUAAUGCAUGUCCGUGGCUCCUAAUCUUAGACUCAAACAACUCUCAACUUUGCACCGGCAACAACUUCACCCCAAACUCCGUUUCCAGAUGGCUCGUCUGCCAUACCUUCCGCAUCCGAUGCCUCAGUCUCGACCAACUCCACGUCGCGCUCGAUUCCGACGUCGGUCGGAUCGACAUUGCCCGACGAUUCAGACUCUUUUGACCCGGAUCCACAUUCGAAUAUGGGUGAAGCAAGCGCAAACCCCGCGAUCACAAACCUUCAAACUGCGCAUCCACGGACCUCUCCUUCCCGCGAACCAAUCAUCACUGAUGAUGAUGCGCUUUUGUGCGAUGGGGGAGGCGGUGAUCCGUUCGAUGGCGACGAGGAAGAUGGGGAUGGUUCCACUAAAGCUCAAGGUCGGUGGGAACACCCGGCCUGGUUGACCGACCUCUACAAUUCCCAUCGGGAGACGAUCAAGCACGCAAGUGGGUCCGGCGCGAAUCGUUCCAGCAAACCCUUCCACCAAAUGUUGCAUGGCUGGCUCCCGACUAGAACCAUCUGGGGUCGAUUUUACGAUACCCGGUGCGCCCGGCAGAACCUCAAGAUCUUCGACCCGCCGUUCUUUUAUUGGGACCCGCUGAUGUUAUUGGGCCAACCAGAAGACCAGCCGGCAGGAUCCGGCUUAGUGUGCGACAAAUGCCAGCAAACUGAAUCGACUCUGAAGAAAGGCGUAUUGCGGCGAGACGGCUUUCUUGGCAGGCCUCGUCGAGCAUGCGAUCUCAACAACUCGGUGUUCCUCAUUGGGGUCUCGUAUCGAUGCAACAAUAAGCAGUGCAAUAAACGAUAUCGGUCUUGGUCGCCCGAGGUGCUCAAUCAACUGUCGUCGUCGCUUCAUUCGAUGUUCCCUUUCCACCUGUCACAUCGAUGCGCAAUCACCUCGAUUGUCUGGAACCUCAUGCGAGGAGUCUUCCAAUUCGGAUUGGGUUUGAAGCAAUUUGCGAACCUAUUGGUCACGGCACAUCGCGCCGCUCAUGACCGACUCGAGGUGGACUAUCGAUCGGCAAUCUUGGCGCGUGAAGCUGGCUUGCCAUCAACUAGCUUGUACCCUGCUCUCGGAGACUGGGAAGAUCCGACGGGUAAUUGCGGCCACGUACCGAAUUCUCAGGUUCUUCAGGAGUUCUAUGAUUCCGUGAUGAAAAAGUGAGUGCUUGGUUGGAUGUAACGUUACGUAGAUGUCGUGUUUACUGAUUAUGUUCUGCUGGUCUUUCAGACAAGAAACGCUUCUCAGUCAUGCUGAAUCGCUAAAGCCCUGCAAAAUUAUGACCAUCGAUCACAGUUACAAGGUAACGUUAGCUUUAUAACACCAACCGUGCUUGCCCUUUGCUAGUAGCGCAAGCAGCUAAUGCCCCGCGCCCGAUCGUUGCAGGUCCCGAAGCAGAUUGCCAAGGUUGAAGGGGUCCCUGCCUUCAUCGCACUGCUCAUGGUCGGGAACGAAUAUGGUGAAGUGCGCGCCCACGUGCUUACCUCAACAAAGGGCCACUCGGCAUUCGAGACCUCACUCGAAGCGAUGACCAAGCAUCUAGAGUUGUAUGGUAACGAGGCACCCUCGAUCUGUUACACAGAUCAACCCGACACCGAUGGCCCUUUCUUGAGGAGCAAGAUUCCGUCGCUCGCGCCACGGGUCCAGUCGCACUCUGGCUCCGAAUGCGACAUUCUCGAGUUGCCACCGGGGAUAACGCCGACCUUGGUGCGCAACUCGAGAAUGUCGCAUUCGGAGCCAGAGUGCGACUGGACCCGUGGCGCGAGCGACGGAAUCUUGCUCCUCAAGAAAGGGCCAUCCAAUCAGCGUACGCUUUGACCUGUCUGAUGAAAAUCAUGGCGGACAACAUUCCCCCAGAAGGGAAGCUAGUGGUCGGUGUCGACGCAGAAUGGGCAACGCUUCCCCCCGGUGCGGGUCAGCAAGCCCGCCAACAACCACCUCGGAUAGCGGUCGAUGUGGUGCAAUUCGCCUGGGAAUCACUCGAGGGGGAACUUUUCAUUCAUGUGAUACAAGUAUGUCAUCUGCUGCUUCGGACUCUGGAUUUCGUUUCCUCACUGACCUUCUGUUUCAUCUUUGCGGCAGCUAUCCUUAAUCAUCGGCAAAUGUGCCAAAGGACGAUUGCCCGACCCACUCGUCCUGUUCCUCCAGCGCAGCGACAUUGUCAAGGUCGGAGUCGGCGGGGCGGGCGACUUGACACGCAUCGCCAACGCCAUCGCACAUGCGGAAAUGUGGAACGUGGACGAAGCCGAUGAGGAUCCAGUGGCCGUCGCUCCAGCACUUCGACAUCAUGGCGGUCUCGAGUUGGUUAAGCACGCCGCCAGCCAAGGUCACCCAGUGAAGAAAGGACCCGGACAUCAGACACUGGCCGGGUUGUGCGAACGGUUCUUGUUGAAACACUUACCCAAGGAUAACAACAUCCGCCGAUCUAUGCAAUGGGCCAACGAGUCGCUUCCCCAACACUUCGUGGACUAUGCCGCGCUUGACGCAUACGGUUCGCUGCGUCUUUACCACAAGAUUGCCGAGCCACAUUCGCGGCCUCUUUCGAAGAUCGCCAAUCCACGAGUGGGCACUCGAGUCGCCGUCAUGUACGAGUCUGGCUGGCCGAUCGCUCGCGGUGUAAUCCAGUCCAUCGAUUCCUCAAUUGACUCCUCCUGCCAACCACCGUCCAGUUUCCAUUGCUUCAAGUGGGACAAAUCGCGCGCUAUUGUCGCCAUCACACAGAUCUUGACCCCUGGCGCACUGGUUCCUGAGUACAACUUUCAUCAAGAUGGAUCUUUCACGUCACAGAGCCUGGCCGACUUGAAGGCGACUUCAACCCAUCGGGCAGCCGAGGACACGAUUGCAGUUCAAGAAUCCGCAGACUCCUUCUCUCUGGUACUCGAGCUUAGCGCUCUCGUCGUCGACUUGAAUGACGCGCCCGUUCCGACCGAAGCACAGUGGACGUCAAACGUUUCGGCUACGCAUGAUUCGCAUCACGCUUCGGAGAUUUUUAUCCAAGAAAAGCACUCCGACGCUGCCGUUUCUGCCACCGCCAACGAAAGCGAUCGCACAGAUGAUGUGGACGCACAAAUAGACGAUCACGAUAAGGACAGUGAAAUGGUUGGGCCUGCAGAGAUCGCGCAAGCCCUCCAACUGGAUCGUUGCAAGAAGACUGAAGCAGCUGGCAAAGUUAUCUGGGGCAAGGCUGCAACAAGCAAAGGUCAGUUACUACGGACUUGCCCCAGUCCUGGCGCCGGGGCUGGAGCUGAUGUAUGUAUCUCGAACUAUCCCCUUUCACUAGUCCCUUCCUCAGACGAGACCGCUGUGCGGAUUCUAAUCGAUCUCUGGCAUUUCUUUGACCGGAUCUAUGUGUCCAAAAAACAUGGCGCUGCCAAAGCCUUUGCUCGCGCCUUCUCCGAUACGGUUUUCAUCCCGAAUGCGGAUGAUCGACUCCUGAUGGAGGCUCGCCUAGCAAAACUCGGAAUGACGUGGGAAGAAGCCGUCCGUUCGCCGGUAUGGAAUAAGAAGCUUUGGAGACGCGUUCGGCGAUGGAUCCCUCCGCCAAGCAUUCUCGAGCCUUUGGUCCGGGAGGUCUUUGAGAAGUUCGGACCAUUGAUCGAUGCGAGUCGAAGCAACCACUUUUCAACAAAGCGGCGCACGAGACAGCGAAGAGAUGUCUUGAGGCGAUUCGGAAAGGCCAAGUCUCGGAUCCAGUUGGCAUCGAGCUGUACACCGACCUUGGGCCUUGCGGAGGACCAGAUGGAAAGGCGGAUGACGGUGUCCGUUUAUAUUCCUGCCAGCGCGGCACCAACAGUCUCGAAGGAGGCAUCCACCGGAACCUUCGCCAACGGUUUCCAAAGUCUGGUGUUUCUCCGUGCCAUGCCAAUGCGUGCUUGGCUGACUACGUGCUAGUGCACAAUCUCACGGUCAGUCCAACUCCACCAUCGCGAUUCGAAGAAGCGGCAACCAUUCUCACCCAUUAUCCCUUGUAUUCGCAGGUUGGGACGUUCAAUCGUACCGGAAAACCAUUCGUGGGGCACUACGACCUCUGGCUCACUGUGGAAUUACAUCGUCUGAGGCGCAAGACCUCGGCAUUUCUCCCACGGCACUCAACCACUGUGUCAGAUAUAGUCAACCCGCUGCUCUACACCCCAUCCACCGAAACAUUCGGCAUCGUACCUGUUGUUCAGUCGCCAACAGCGCAAAUGCACUUUAUGAUCGAGCCCUAUCACGUCGAGCGCGGGACUCUGCGUUUGGAGCCCGUCAAGUGGUCGCCACGGAACUUGCUGCAAAACAAUACGCCGGCGAUACAGCAUAUGCAAAGCCGGCUGUCAACCGAUCGCAAGCUUCGCCACGACUGGCUAGCGGAACGUCAGGGUACUCGAUUCGCUGUAUUGCAUGUCCAUACACCCAGCGAACGAGCGCUAUACAGAUAUCUCUCAAGCAAGGUACGACUGGGAGCUCCUCAAAAUCUUCGGAUAUUCGAGAUUACCGAGCUUUGGAACAAGUAUGCCAACGGAAUAGACAUUUUUUACAAAGUAUGUCGCGUCUGUGUCACACUAAAUGGUAAUGUUGAGCUGAAGCGCAAUUCUCACACAAAUGCCAGAGCACAUCAAUACAUGGGCAUCAAGAUGGUCGUCGCUGGCAAAUGCUCAAGCCACAAUGAACAUGGGUGGGAACGACGUCAGAGUGAUUCAAGCUUUGCUUACCGACCCCUCCCGCGGUCGUGAUGUUAGCAUGCUAGCGGCUAAGCCAUUACUCGGUCACAAACCGCCAGUCUUGGGGAGGCUUACGGAGGUAGAAGUCGAUGCCUCGGAUCCUCCAACGUCAUCCAUCCGCCCCUUUGUUGCAACUGCCUCGAGCGACGCUGGUUCGAGCGCGGACUUGGGCACGAGCAGCGCUUUGACGCGCGCGGGUACCACAAAAGGGGCAAGGGACUGUCGAUUCUGUGGCCAAACUACUUGUCGACGCAAGGGGUCAAAACUAAGCGAUGACGGAUCGGUGACUGGGUGUGACGGGGCGUGCUUGGACUGCGGGAAGCCUUUCGGGCUGACAGACGAGAUGGAUCCGAACGACCCACAAUCACGAAGGUUCUGUAGAGGACUGACAAGGGCUGAGAUGAAUGGCCGAGCUCGGCAUCAAAAGAAGUGUCACAACUUUGUAGCUGCAUAA